AUGUCAAUUGAAGUAUUUAAUUAUUUAUAUUUUGAAAUUAAACUAAAUUUAAAUGAUGGUGAUAUAUUAUUAUUAAUAGUAAAUAAUUUAAAUAUAAAUUCAGAAAUUUUAGAAGCAUUCUUUGAUUUAUUACCAAAUCAAUUUUUUGAAUCAAAUAUUGAAUCAAUUUUAUCAAUUUCAAGUUUUAAAUAUAUUUUAAAAAAUUUUAUAAAUUUUUUAAUUUCAACAAAUAAUUUAAAUUUAUUAAAAAAAUGUAUUUUUAAAUUUUCAUUAAAAGAUUUAAAUAAUAAUAAUAAUAAUAAUAAUAAUAAAAAUAAUAAUAAUAAUAAUAAUAAUAAUAAUAAUAAUAAUAAUAAUAAUAAUAAUAAUAAUAAUAAUAAUAAUAAUAAUAAUAAUAAUAAUAAUAAUAAUAAUAAUGUAUUAUCAAAAGUUUGUAGAGAAAAGGAUGAUUUAAAAAUUUUAAAAAAUUUUAUUAAAAGUUUGGAUAAUUUUAUUGGUGAUAAUAAUGAAAUUCAACAAGAUUUCAGUAUUUUCAAUUGUCAAACGGCAUUAUCAUUUUGCAAAAAUAAAUUAAAUGUAGUGAAGGGUGCAGCCUUAAUAGAUAAAUUAGAGAAUUUAAAAACAAAUUUAAUUUUUAUUAAAUACAUUCAAAUAACUUUCAACUCAAUGGAUAAUAUGUCAACCUCGUCAUCAGCAACUUUUGAUUGGUUAUCACCUCUUUCUUCUCCUCUAUCCAACACAAAAAUCAGCAACAUUCCUUACAUUUCAUCCACAUCAACCACCACAACUUUGAAAUAA